AUUUGGUAUAUAUACAUGACAUUAGCACCAUUAGACUCAGUUUUUUCUUUUCUUGAAGAAACGGUUUGGUUUCUUGAUUUUGCAAAUAUGGGAACUUCUCUUCUUCUGCGCUCCCACGAUUGUCUUCGAGGCCGCGAUGCUUUGUCCCUUAAUUCAUCUUCCAUUAGAUCACAAGAAAACCCUAAUCCCAACCCCAUGCCGUACGAGACUCGCCGCCGGAGGCUCUACGUCGGUGAUCACUCCGGGAUGGUGGUGAAGGCCCACGAUACAAACCUCGUCAUGGGCCAAGUCAAGAUCCUCAAGAGAGGCGAGAAGCUGAGCCCCGUGAACACUCGUUCCAGCGAUGAUGGUUUUGAUCUGGAUUUGGGAUCCACGAACCGGUUGGGUCCGGAUCCGAGUUCUGUUCCGGUUCCGGGGUUCCUCGCUCUGAGACGGUGAUGAUGGAUUGAUUGAUCGUAUUGUUAGAUUUCGGCGUCGAUUGAGUGCACGUGAGACCUCACUUGGAUGGUUUGAUCGUUUGAUCUGAUUGCAUGGUCUCGACCAGCGAAUGAUCUGAUUUAUCUUUUUCAAGAGCAUGAUGAUCCUUGGGUGCAAGCGAAUGAAGAUAACAUCGAAGGCGAAAGGGGAAUACUUCCGGUCCGCGAGGCUUUAUUAGGUCACCGUUGGAGACAAGAAAAUAGGUUAUCCUAUUGUAAAUUCCCUUAAGUGUUAUUGAAGUAUACCACAUUAAUCUAGUAAGGUGUCCGCGUGUGUUUUAGUGUUGUGUUGUGUUUUGUGUCUUGGAUUUGUCUAGUUCUGAAACUUGAUAGAAUAAAAAUUCUGGUAUUGGUGACUUCAUGA